UAUCAUCGAAAUUAGUCCCACAAUUAUUAUAUAUUAUACAAAUACCAUAAAAUACAAUAGAGAGAAAACAUAGAUAUAUACUUGUGAAAUAUAUGAUUAUACUGAAAUAAAAGGUAAAGAAUAAAUAAAAUAAGGAAAGGUUAACAAGAAACAUGUGAGAAGCAAUGGAGGGUGGAAGAAGCUAACAUGUCUGCCCUACUUAUCCUUUUUAUUUCCAACACCACCAGAAUGCAUCACAUGAAAAUACCCAACUCUCAAUCUCAUGUCUCUUCCAAAUUUUGCACUAGCUUUCAUUUUCAAAUUAUAUAAAACACCCAAAACAAUCUAGCCCUACCAAAAGAGAGAGAGCAACUGCCUUAAUAAUUUGUUUUCAGUGCAUGGUUUCAUAAGAAAGUGGAUUUAAUCAACAAUUAUUUGAUCUCAUUCUCAUCAUAUGAUAUGAACCAUCUCAUGAAUCUUAUGCAGACUGAUUUUUUACUUUUUCAUGUUUGGUUUAUGAUCAAAUACAAAAUUAGUUCAAGAAACAAACAAUAGAAAUCACUGUUGUUUAAGACUCACAAAGAAUAACGCAAGGAAAUCAGAAGGGAAAAAAAGAACCCAGCUUUCAUUGCACUUCCAUAGUUCUAUUACAAUAACUUUCAACAAUUAAAUAAUCUCUGUGUCUGUCUCUUAUUAAUAGCCAGUAACCAGUUCUUAUCCCACCAUUAAUGCUCCCAGUACUCCAAUAAUUCUUCCUUUCAUUUCCUUUACCUUAAUAUAAUUCAACUAUUUCAUUUCUUUGCUUACUCAGCUCACAUCCCAUAAAAAAACUUAUCUUUGUUUUUAAAAUUAUUUUCUUGUGUCAGUACUUGCUUGUUUGCUGAAGGGUCUUUUCUAUUGUGUGUUAUCUCUCUCUGGGUUUAUAUAUUUCAAUUUUCUAUUACUACAUAUUCGUUUUAUUUUAAUUUUUUGUUUGUUGCGGGUUGUCUGCUGAGAACAUGUGGGACUUUAUUCCUUGCCUCCCAGUAAAGGGCAGUUCUUGAUGGUUUUUUGGAUCUACAAUCCCUGAUUUUUGGGAUGGUUUUAUUGUUUUAAAGCUGGGAAAAUAAAUUUAAAAAAAAAAGAGUAAAAAUUCAGGCUUUAGGUUCUUUAAUGUAGGCAAAGGCAUGUACUUUAUUUCCUCUUUUUUUUUUUUGCCCUUCAGCUAUGAAAAGUUUUGAGUUUCUGAGCUUUUCAUGUUCACUUCAAAUGCGGGAUUUUCGAAAGGGUACCUUAUUGUUUGUUCAAUAGAUUUAGUUUGUUUUAUUCUUGUUUUAAAAAGGGUGGUUUCAAAGUAUGGGGUCUGGAAAUGAUUUUUUUUCAACUCAAGAGUUCAAUUUAGAUGCUAAGUGGUUGAUUGAUCCUCAGCAGCUUUUUGUUGGUCCUAAGAUUGGUGAAGGUGCUCAUGCUAAAGUAUAUGAGGGAAAAUACAAGGAUGAGACUGUCGCUAUUAAAGUUGUUCGAAGAGGGGAAACCCCUGAAGAGAUUGCAAGGAGAGAAGGAAGGUUUGCAAGGGAAGUUGCAAUGUUAUCCAGAGUUCAACAUAGAAAUCUAGUGAAGUUUAUUGGAGCUUGCAAGGAGCCUAUCAUGGUCAUAGUAACUGAGCUCUUACAAGGUGGGACAUUGCGAAAGUACCUUCUGAAUUUGAGGCCGAAGUGCUUGGACUUGCGUGUAGCGAUUGGGUUUGCACUUGAUAUUGCUCGUGCAAUGGAAUGCUUACACUCCCAUGGAAUCAUUCAUCGGGACCUGAAACCUGAGAACUUGAUCUUGACCGAAGACCAUAAGACAGUUAAGCUAGCAGAUUUUGGUUUAGCCAGGGAAGAAUCGUUAACCGAAAUGAUGACUGCUGAGACCGGGACAUAUCGUUGGAUGGCUCCUGAGCUUUAUAGUACGGUCACACUAAGGCAGGGAGAGAAAAAGCAUUACAAUCAUAAGGUGGAUGCCUACAGCUUUGCUAUUGUGUUGUGGGAACUCAUCCAUAACAAGUUGCCUUUUGAAGGCAUGUCAAAUUUACAAGCGGCUUAUGCAGCUGCUUUUAAGAAUGUCAGGCCUAGUGCUGAGGACCUUCCAGAAGAUUUGGCAUCAAUUGUGACUUCAUGUUGGCAAGAGGAUCCAAAUGCUCGGCCCAAUUUCAGCCAAAUCAUACAGAUGCUAUUACACUAUCUCUCAACCGUUUCACCACCCGACCCUGUGAUGCCUCCUAAGAGAACGACUUCAGAAAAUGCUGUAUUGCCACCAGAGUCUCCUGGUACAAGUUCAUUGAUGGCUGCAAGAGAUGACGUAGUGGAAACCCCAAAAGCCACUGAAGAAGACCAGCCUAGAAGCUUCCUGUUCUGCUUCAACCAGUGUUACUGAAUCUCUCAGACGCACAACUUCACUUUCGAGGAUAUCACAAACUAAUAUUUAGGGGAGUUCAAUAAGAUAACUAGUCUCGGAUAUUAGAAAGAAUGCAAUCUAAUCGGAUUAGUUUAGUUCAGUUAUAACAUGUAUAUGACAGAAAGCUGUCUGGUAUGAAUCUGAUGUGUCUGUUAGCUUUAUAUACUGAUUUACAUGAAUUUUAGAAUGCCCUGACCAAGAUGGAUCAGAAAACUUAUGGGGUUUAGGAGUUGCUGUGAUGGAAAUAUCAAUGUAUAUAAGGUGCAUCCUAAUGCCUAUGCUCCUGUUUUCUUCUUUAGAA